AAAAUAGAAUUUGUCCCUUGGAUUUCUUCCAUAGUUGAAUUGAAUACUCUUCUUUCUGCUCCUCUCAUUUACAUCACUGACACACACACACACACACUCUCUGAAUCUCGUUCGUAUAUCGCCGCCGUGCCUCACCGCACUCUCUGAAAUUCACUCCUUCGUUGCACAAUGAGCAACGGUAAAGGCUACUCAUAAUAUACAAUCCAAUGGCAUUUAACAACAGAAUCUCAAAAGGGAAACCAAAACCACUAAGAUCCAGAAUUAUACUCUUAACCGCAACACUAGGUGUAAUAGCGUUUCUAUUCUUACUCACUUCAUUUCUAUUCACAAAUGGUUCUUCAAAACCCCAAUUCAACACUCACUUUUACAAUCACAACAACAACGAGAAAUACUUGUAUUGGGGUACACGAAUUGAUUGCCCUGGAAAACAUUGUGGAUCUUGUGAGGGUUUAGGUCACCAAGAAUCCAGUCUUAGGUGUGCUCUCGAAGAAGCCAUCUAUCUUCGUAGAACUUUUGUUAUGCCAUCAAGGAUGUGUAUUAAUCCUAUACAUAAUAAGAAAGGGAUCCUUCAUCGUUCAAAUAAUUCUACUUCCGAGGAUCAGUGGGCGGCAAGUUCUUGUGCCAUGGGCUCUUUAUAUGAUGCAGAACUCAUGUCGGGGACUGUCCCUGUAAUUUUUGACGAUUCAAAAGAGUGGUAUAGGGUUCUAUCGACCAGCAUGAAGCUUGGAGCCAGAGGAGUUGCUCACGUGGCAGGAGUUAGUCGUGUUGAGCUUAAAGAAAACAAUCGGUACUCUGAUAUUUUGCUCAUAAACAGAACUGCUAGCCCUCUUUCUUGGUUUAUGGAAUGCAAGGAUCGAAACAACCGUAGUUCUAUAAUGUUACCAUAUUCGUUUCUGCCCUCAAUGGCUGCGAAAAAACUAAGAGACGCCGCCGAAAAGAUUAAAGCACUUCUUGGUGAUUAUGACGCCAUCCAUGUUCGUCGUGGGGAUAAAAUAAAAACCAGGAAGGACAGAUUUGGUGUGGCGAGGACCCUGCAUCCACACCUUGAUAGGGAUACCCGCCCUGAGUUUAUUCUUUGUAGAAUAGCAAAGUGGGUCGCACCUGGAAGAACCCUGUUUAUUGCUUCAAAUGAAAGGACUCCAGGGUUUUUUUCACCGCUUUCUGUCAGGUAUAGAUUGGCAUAUUCAUCAAACUAUAGCCAUAUGUUGGAUCCAGUGAUUGAGAAUAACUACCAAUUAUUCAUGAUCGAGAGGCUUAUAAUGAUGGGUGCUAAAACAUUCAUUAGAACGUUCAAGGAAGAUGAGACAGAUCUUAGCCUUUGCGAUGACCCAAAAAAGAAUACUAAAAAAUGGCAGAUACCUGUCUACACUGCAGAUGAAACUUGCUGAGACGUGAGGCAUACGCACGUCUGGUAUUAGUAUGCAUUAGGAAGAAAUUAUUGUUGAGGGAAAAAAUGAGAACACGAUUAAUUUGUGUUGUAAAUUGUGGUGUUAGCUACAGUCAAUUUAAUUAAUUCAUUACAUGUGAUGUUAGCACUUGUCUCACUGUAAAACUGAAGUGAAGUGACCACUAAAUUUUAUACGUCGCCCACUAGUUAGUUUUUGUAUGUACGGUCUCUUGUUCCAAA